AUGAGUUUUCAUGUUCUUAGGUCUCCCAUAAGCUUGCGUUCUUACAGUAGCUCCCUCGUCGGUUUCUUCUCCAAAUCUCACAAUUCUCUUCUCUCUGCGAGAUGGGUUAGAGCCGGAGAAUGCAAUUCCAUCAGAUGUCUUGCUUCUGAUAUACGUGGAAAGAACAAGAAACAGAGACUGGACGAGGCAUGUCUCGAAAGGUAUAAAGAAUACAGUCGCACACUUAUACAAUCAUGGAUCUUACAAGGCAAAGUUCUUGUUGAUGGGAAAAGAGCUAUUAAAGCUGGUAUGCCUGUAUCCAGUGGCGUAUCCAUAAAGAUCAAUGCCGAGGUUCCGAAAUAUGUAUGUAGAGGCGGAAUGAAGUUGGAAGCUGCGAUUGAGAAGCUGGAUGUUGAUGUUUCUGAGAAAGUAGUUCUUGAUUCAGGACUUUCCACUGGAGGGUUUACGGAUUGCUUGCUUCGUUAUGGUGCAGCUCAUGUUUAUGGCGUUGAUGUUGGUUAUGGUCAGGUAGCUGAUAAGAUCCGCAAUGAUAAGCGAGUGACUGUUAUAGAGAGGACGAAUCUGAGAUAUCUUCCUUCGCUGCCACAAAAAGUUGAUGUAGUGACGCUAGACCUCUCGUUCAUUUCCAUUCUCAAGGUGAUGCCAGCUGUUAUGAAUGUGAUGAAUGAGAAUGCAACUUUAGUUACCCUUGUUAAACCUCAGUUUGAAGCUCGGCGAUCACAGGUUGGGAAGGGUGGCAUAAUAAAAGAUCCCGAAGUACAUCAGGAGGUUCUUGAGAAGAUAAUCAAUGGUGUUGAGAGAUAUGGAUUCACCAACAAAGGGUACAUUGAAUCUCCCAUCAAGGGCGCCGAGGGAAACAUAGAGUUCUUGGUUCGGUUCGACCGAGGGACAGUGAAACGCGAAGAAGAAGAAUACUAG